GAAGGCAAGCUUGAAGAUGGUACUCAGAACAACAAUGGGUAAAAAACAGGAUUUCUACUUGAUGGUUGCUGUCCAGUUGGGAAGUUCAUGUCCAAAAUCUAAUGAAAACACAUUCUCCAAUCAACGUAUGCAGCUUAGUACCUAUUUAUUGGUCCACAGUAUGUGAAGAAAGCAGCAAUGCAGCAUAGAUUUAAUCAAAACACAUCCAUGCAUGUAUUAAGCCACAACAAACACUAAUCAAUCUGCACACUCUGAGCCCGGCGGCCCGUUGUGGGCUUAGCCCUGCAGCCCAUGGGCCACAGGGGCCAGAGGUCGUCUGAAGAGCUUACCUUAUUUUAGGUUAAUAAUGUGUCUUGUGAGAACGUGAUUGGUGGAUACGUAAUCACAGCUUCGAAAUUAAGCUACACGCCACGCUCUUUGAACUUUGAAGAUAGAUAGCGUAUCACUUAAGCAUGUUGUGCUUAUAUGUGUAUAUGUUUGCAUGGUCAUGGAGCACCUUAUAUACUACCAUCCACUUAUAUGUGGGGUUCCUCCACCAAUGGUUCUGGGCUGACCGGUUGUGCAACUCAGUCGUCUUCGCCUUUAGGCUCCACAUCCACAACUGCUGCAGCAGGAUCUCCUUCCUUUGGCGUUGGAAGCUCUUCGUUUUCCCAUGUUGGUCGGUUUCGUCAUCCGCAAACUGCUUAUAAUCCACGAAGGGUAACCCUUACGAUCAACAAAGGACCUCACAUUACAUCAUCAACAUUUGGAAGCACAGUUUUUGGGAGGCCAGCUAUUAGUGAUGAACGCAGAGGAAGUAGAAUAGCACCUUAUGCUACAAAAGCUGAGGUAGAUGGGGCCAGUUUUGAACAACCUGCUGGAAGCUGAUGUUGGUAU